GAAUUCGACAUCUUUACUACUCAUUCAAUUGAUACAAAGCACUCAAUACAAAACCACAAUUACCUACACUCAACCAAUCAUCAUCCCAAUCACCAAACACAUCAACACAAUGGCCUUCUUCCUUCCCCGAACUGUCUACCACACUCAGGCUCCCCUGAACCCACUCUACCAUCUCCUCAGGGAGCUUGACCAGUCCGUUCAACAGCCCCAGCAGCCUCAGCGAAGACGCCAAUGCCAGCCUCAACAGAAGAGCCGGGCUCAAGCUGAAUGUCCCGCCUAUCGGGUUACCACCCGCCCAUGGGAGCCCCGCUUCGAGGCCCACGAGACUGAGGACUCGUUUGUUCUCUACGGCGAACUCCCCGGUCUGAACAAGGAAAACGUCACUGUCGAAUUCCCUGAACCUCGCAAGCUUGUCGUUAGCGGCAAGGUCGAGCGAUUCACAGACGCCCCCAAGCCAGCUGAAACAACCACUGAGCAGACUGCUCCCGCUCCAGCUGUCGAAUCAGACAACGAAGACACCCAGAGCAGAAGCUCAUACCAAGCUACCGUCGAGGACGAUGUCGAUGACGAGUUUGAGGUCUUGAGCCACACAUCGCAAAAGUCGGAGACUGUCAGCCAACCACAGCCUGAAACCCCCAGCCAAAAGGCCGCCGAGAAACAGCCUGAGCAGCCUGAAGAGCCAAGACGCGCUGGCUACACCAAGGAGUUCUCGCGCUACUUCACUUUCCCUACCUACAUCAACCACGAGGCAGUCACUGCCGAACUCAAGGAUGGUCUCUUGACUAUAACUAUUCCCAAGGCUGUUCCCCAGUCUCAUCGCAUUGUUAUUGAAUAGAGGAUUGUGUAUUAUUAGCAUGGGAAUUUUAUGGGAUAUUCACUGGAUUAGAUAUGUUUAGGUUUUGUUUUAGUCUUGUUAUCUCUCUCAAUUGAUUAAUGUAUUGCACUCUUUGUCUUUA